AUGCACCUGACACACCAGGAUUCUUCUUCGGAAGCGUUCAACGCAGCUGGAGCCGCAGCGUCUGGAUCGUCGCUUGGGGAAUCGUCUGUGUCGCCUGGAUCGUCGCAUGGAUCGUCGCCUGUAGUGUCAUCAAGAUCCCUGUCUGGGGCAUCCCCAGAAUCUUCCGACCCCGCCCCCAUGAUUCCUCGCCAUUCCAGCUUGACUGCGCUCUCCAAUCCCUCUGCUGCUUCCGCUGCAACAGCAGCCCGUCACGUCCGGAGCAGCACGGGCAGCCCAAAAACGAUUUUCAGAUACGUCAUACAACCCGGGCAGGCACCACCAGGUUCUAUCAGCCAGAUCGAGAGGAACGGGCAGGAGGCGAGCAGCACGGCGGGCAGUGCUAUGAAGAGUAUCGGGGAAGGGGCGGUGGUGCAGGAGAAGGAAAGGCCUGAAAAGGCUCUAUUGAAGGAAGGUGGUGGAAGUGCUUGGGCGCCUGUGAAGGCUCCAGCUGAAGGGGCGGAAGCGCAAGCUACUCUUCGAUCCGAACCCGUGCCGCAAGGGGCCGCUGUGAGGGCCAGUGAGGGGCCCGCUGGGAAGACUUUCACUCCGGGGGGCGCCGCAAAGGGGGCUCCCGCUGUGGCUGCUGUUCAGGCUGCUCGUCGACCCGAACCCGUGCCGCAAGGGGCCGCUGUGAGCGCUUUCGCUGAGGGGGCCGCGGAGGGGGCCGCUGUGGGGGGCGUAACUUCCAACUUCAGGGCUGCGUCGCGCAGGGCUUCCCUGGGCGAGUUGUAG